AUGCCGCCGCCUCACUUCCGCGGAAUAUUCGGAUUCUUCGCCCACCUCACCGCAGGUGACGCCCUGACCUUCUAUAUCUACGUCGCUGACGACGUCGACUGGACCAUCGUGGGAUCACACGCGUUAUCGUGUCACUACUCUGACAAGGCGACUCUGAUGUCCAAGGCCCUAUCUCGAGUCGGCGGUCUUUUCGACAGCGCUAUGAAACUCCGCAUCACUGGUGUUAUUGGUGGGGAGGUCGAGGAAUGGGCUGUGAUCGAAAUGGCCGCAGAUGGGAUAAGCAAGAACGGUAAGCUCCCUCUCUUUUACCACCUGGCACGAUAUUCCACUAUUUCCUCGGGGAAGGGAAAUAAAUACAUCCUUCCUCCAACUGUUGAAAUUCCCCUCAGCAUGAGCUAUAUGCGGGUUGACGUUCGCGGGUGUGUCACACGACAGCUUCGCCGAGAUGUAAGGUAG